CGCGUUUGCGGAAAUGUUCGUAAGCAAAUAUCACAGAUGUCGGCGCGACUGGUGGCAGCACAUCUUAUAGAUCAACAAUCAGUUUGUCUCCCGUGACACACUCUCUAGUGGUGCUCUGGUUGUUUCACUAGGAAAUAUCGAUCCUUACUUCCGUGCUGGAAAAACUGGUUUUAGGUGAAGGUGUCGUCGAUGACAAACCGGGACGAAAGAUGAGGAAGAGUUUUGAUAAUGGCUUUAUUGGUGAAGUUAUUGUACGGCUGCUGCUUUUAGCUGUUUUUCUCGUGACUGAGGAGCUUCCUCCCUUCAGCCGUGAGAUCCAGCCUGAGGAACUCUGGCUCUAUAAGUUCCAUCCCGUCAAAAAGGACCAUGUUCCUACCCGCCUCAUGUUUUCUAUCGCCCUCUUCACUCCAUUGCUGGUUAUUUUCUUUUUUACCUUACUGAAAAAAGGUGGAAAUGGAGAUGUGAAAGAGGCAUCUUUGGCUGUUACUUUGACCCUGGUGUUAAAUGGAAUUUUCACGAAUGCAAUCAAGCUAGCUGUGGGCAGGCCACGACGAUUUUUCUACCGUUGUUUCCCGGAUGGCCAGAUGAACCCAGAGCUUCACUGUAGUGGUGACCCAGAUGUAGUAAUGGAAGGCAGGAAGAGCUUUCCAAGUGGACACUCUUCCUUUGCGUUUGCUGGUCUGGGCUUCACUGCCCUUUACUUGGCUGGGAAGCUACAUUGUUUCAGCCCCGUAGGCCGUGGUAAAGCCUGGAGGUUGUGUGCCUUCCUCACCCCCCUCCUAUUCGCCGUCAUGAUUGCCCUCUCCAGAACAUGUGACUACAAACAUCACUGGCAAGAUGUGCUGGUGGGAUCCCUUCUCGGUUUGGUCUUUGCGUACUUAUGUUACCGACAACAUUACCCAGCUCUCAAUGACACAGACUGCCACAGACCCCUCCGAAUGAGAGAAGCGACGGUUCCUGCGCAGGAGCGCAAGCAGGCUAACCCAGGCUACCUCUUACCUUUGUAGGAACCUAACCAGACCAACAACCACAUACUGUGUGAAAGUUUACCAAGCCAUUUGCUGCGAUAAUGUCAGUUUUUUUUGUAUGUGUGACCCUGUCAAUCAACGAGCACUUCUCGUUUUUUGCCUUCCUAUACUAUUUUAGACAUUCACAGUGAAUGUUUUGUGUAUUGUAGAGCUGUCUUUUUGACAUUUGUAUCUAUCAAGCUUUUUGAAGUUUAUAUGUGAACUAUCCUGGCGACGAAAUAUGUGAAAACAGCCUCUAGGUCAAUUUUAAACUUUCCAGGCAUAUUUAUCUAUACACGAAAUCCCCUGAUAUCUUUGUCAAUAAAGUUUGUGAUGAUUUAAGGUA